AUGGCGGCCGACGAGGCGCUGAGCAGUCGGGCGCCGGGGCAGGUGCGGGUGGUGGUCGGCAUGUCGGGCGGCGUGGACUCGUCUGUCACCGCCCUCCUCCUCAAGCGAAGAGGGUUCGACGUGCGGGGAGCCUACAUGCUCAACUGGGAUCCACAGGAGGAAGAUGAACACGGGCGGUGUCGAGCAGACGAGGACUUUGCCGAUGCGAAGAAGAUCUGCACGCAGCUGCAGAUUCCACUGCACAAGGUCGAGUUCAUCAGGGAGUACUGGAGCGACGUGUUCACUCCGUCGAUGGCGGCCUACGAGGCUGGGCACACGCCCAACCCGGACGUGAUGUGCAACCGCGAGAUCAAGUUCAAGCGCUUCCUGCACCUCUGCCAGUCACGAUUCCAGGCCGACUACAUCGCCACCGGCAGGCUGUAUCUGAUGCGGGGAGCGGAUGCCACGAAAGACCAGAGCUACUUCCUGAGCAACACAACUGGAGACGCGCUCAAGCGAACCUUAUUCCCCGUCGGGCACUUGACCAAGACUGAAGUGAAAGAGAUGGCCAAGGAGGCGGGCUGGGGCUGGCUCACGGAGAAGAAGAGCUCGGCGGGCAUCUGCUUCAUCGGCAAGCGGAACUUUUCGCGUUUCGUCGACAAGUACAUUCCGCCCACCGCCGGCUUCUUCCACUCCCUCGAUGGGACAGUGCUGGGCAAGCACGAGGGCAUGACUAAGUACACGAUUGGCCAGCGCGCCCGCAUUCCGGGACGAUUAGACGCCAACAAGCUGUAUGUGGUAGAUAAGAGCGUGGAGAAUAAUUCGGUGACUGUGGCGGAGGGCGCCGACCACCCCGCGCUCCUCACUGACUCACUCUACGCUUCCGACGUCCAUUGGAUCUCGGGCACGCCCCAAGCCCUGCGGGCGGGCGAGGCGCUGGCCUGCGAGUACCAGGUAGGCCACCUGCGGGCGCCGGCCCCGUGCCAAGUCGAGCCGCUCCAGCCCGCCAAUGGCGAGGCGACUGACGCCGCUGGACAAUACCGCGUUCAGUUCUCGAUCGACCGCACUGUGGCGCCGCAUCAGGUGGUGGCGUUCUACCAAGGCCAGCUGUGCUUGGGAGGUGGGCUCAUACAAAAGGCCGGACCCUCCUACUGGGACCAGCACAAACCUGUCCCCGCCCACUGGACAAUCUAG